AUGACCACUUGCACAUCCACGGGCCCCGACGAUGCCGCCACAAUUCGCGGCAAUCGCGGCAACCCCGCCCUCCGCACCCCUGCCCAUGGCUUGGUGCAGGUCGAUAUGUCGCUGUCGCGCCUCGCGGCCGCCCUCAAAGCGGGCUCCCUCCCUCGCGUCAAGUCCGAGCACGCGCGCUUUGUGGAAGCCGCCCCGAAGCUUACGUCUGAUGACGUCACCGACGCCGACGCCGACGCGUUUGCGGCCAUCUGGAACGGCCUCGGCGAGCUGAUGGAUUCGGGGGCGCGCCGUCGCGCGGCG